AUGUGGGCAGCAGAAUCGAAAGAGUGUUCGCCAGACGUCAGCUUCCCGAGAGAGGCACCAUAUACAGGUAUGAGUUCCGCCGAGGAGUGGGAUGCUAGAACCAAGGUGACGCUAAUCCACUGCUUCCGCGAUGAGCCGAACAUUUGGAACCAGAACGUGGUGUAUCGAUCCGAUGCCGAACGACGACACAGUAUGGCGGAAGCUUGGCAGAGGAUCCAGCAACGCAUGAGCGCCAUGGGAUACAAAUUCGAGAUGCAGCAACUGAAGAAGAAGAUGAAGCAACUACGAGAUCAGUUCAGUCGAGAGAACAAAAUGUUCGAAGACCACAAUUCAAAAUGGCAGUUUUACGAAGAAAUGAGUUUCCUGAAUCAAAAUGAGACGGCGAGCUCCACGGGUUGCCUGACGAACGGAGACGCAACGCUGCAAUUGUGUGGAAGCAACGAUGCACUUAGGUCUUUUAACACGACUGGCUCUCUAUCAGACGGUGCUGAAGCGCUUUUUGAACCUACGCAAUGCUCGAACGAAGGAGAAACUGCUUCUCGAGGGAAUGAGGUGAAGUCGGAAAUCCCUGAUUCCGAUGUGGACGUCUCUGUUCUCUUCGGACAAGAACGAUCCGGGGCAAUGGUUUCCUCGAGUGGAAUUGUUUUAUCUGAAACCGUGAUAGAUGAACUGCUCAGAAUGGUACUUUCGCGAAAGGACACACUUCUAAGCGAUUCCUGCGACGAGAAAACAAAGGCAAGGGCAUGGAAGGACGUGUACGAGUUCAUUCGCGGCAUCACCAAAACCACUCCAACAGUCGACGAGCUGAAGGAGAUGUUUCGCAGGAAACAAGUGUACAUCAAUGACAUCGUAUCUCAGCACGCGAAGACCGACAUCUUCUCCGUUCACGGUUUUGCGCGGUACAUUCAGAGUAUUGUGAACAGAUGCCUGCCUGAGGACAAGUUCUCUGUAAGGGAAAGAGAGCUGGGGACGUUCAUUCUCCGCAAAUCUCUGUCCCCACACGAAUGCACACCGCCACCGGCAAAAAGAACAAGACUAGGAGAGCACUUCGAACGCGGUGCUAUCGCUGCGCAUCCGGAGUGCUGCGUUGUUGUCCCCCAAGAGACAACUCCCCCGGACAAUCCACGACAGGGCUGUAGCGCGUGUCAGAUUGGCGAGCAGUGUUUGAAGACGUCUCUGCAGGACAUGUUGAAGGCACAAAAAACAUACUUUGAUGUUGCCACGGAAGUACAGAGGAAGCAGUUACGGGUUUUGUCUUCCCUAGGCACUAUAUUUGAUCGGGUAGCAGAUAAACUGUUGUUAUCUGACUUUACAAAUAGAUAA